AUGGGGAAGCGGAAGUCGACGCGCGCGAAGACGGCGCCGCGGAAGAAGGCGGAGAAGCUGGACACGACCUUCUGCUGCCCCUUCUGCAACCACCCCGGCAGCAUCGACUGCAAGAUCGACCUCAAGCACAUGGUCGCCGAGGCCUCGUGCAACACGUGCAGCGAGAGCUACUCCACCACGGCGCACGCCCUCACCGAGCCCGUCGACGUCUACGCCGAGUGGAUCGACGAGUGCGAGAAGGCCAACGCCGACCGGGACGAGGCCAGCAACGACGUCGUUCGGGAAGAGGUGGACGACGACGAGUACGCAUGAUCGGUCCACCGUGUGAUCGAUCGUGUCCAAGUACACAAGUAUAGUACGAAAGUACGGCGGCACGAUCUGUUUUUCUUCUUCUUUUCUUUGCGUAGCGUUGUGGUUGUAUGCGUCGAUUCUUCCGUGUAGAUAUCUUUGUUGGUGCCGGAUGUAAAUCCUGCACUACCGUGUCACAACUCGUGACAUCUCUUACUGAAGGCUCGAAACAGGUUUUUGCCCCGUUUUAUAUAUAAAGCACCAACCACAGAAGUACACGGCCGAACGAUACAAGAUGGUGAGGUAGCCCUCUUACAAAGCCGAUCCUAACAUAUCCGGCAGACAGAGACGCACGCGACUAUGCUACCAGCUACAAGCACCGGAAGCACCAAACACCCCCACGCUACAACCUAACACACCUAAGCCCCACAACAACGCCCCCAAGAGGGAAGACGGCGCAGAGCGUCGCUGCUGCCGAGUCCAAACGGACAAAGGUCUUCACCCGGAGCCCGGCCACGAUGAGAAGAACCACAACAACGUCUUCAAGAAGAGAACGGCA